AUGUCUCGGAUCGAAGAACUCAACGCUGAGUAUGAGCAAGUCCUGGAGGGCCAACCUGGUAAGGACAAAGAACACGGCCCUGCGGACGCUUACAGCAAUGAGCGCGAAGAACACGAUGAGCAAGAUCCCGCUGGACACGGCGCACAAGGCCGCAACGGACCCGCCGGACUCCGAGGGCUUGUUGACGCCCACGAGAUGGCAGUGAAGAAGUCUAUUGACAGGGCCCGUAACAUGAUCGGAGCGUUCCCCUCAGCCGUCGAUCUUUUCCCCGUGUACGGCAACAUGCGCUCCACGGUUCAGCACCCCAUCCAAGUCGCGGGAGGUAUGAUUGGUCACACUCCAACGGCCUACAUGAAGCAUCGACGUCAGUUUAAGGCACAUUCACGAUCGCAUACCGACACUGCUUCUCCUCGCUCGGCGGAAGUCAAGGCUUCUCCUUCUGCUACACGCGCUGAUGAUGAGGGUGAAGAGCAGUCCAUGAAGAAGAAGUGGAGUACUGUUAAGGUCAAGUCUGGAGAUGAUGAUGGCACCAGUCCCACUGCAGACCGACCAAACCUCCAUUCGACAUUUUUCGACACUUUUGUCUGGCCGACUGAGCUGUCCACGACAUCGUCCCAUGCUCGCGCUGCAACGAGGGCAUCUAGGUCACCGCUUCCUGAGCUCAGGACUUUCGAGGACGUUCACCGCCAGAUCCGCGAGCAGGAUAUCGAAACUACCCUGAACGCCGACAAUAUGGCUGCUCUACAUUGGGUUAAACGCGAACUUGCUCCUGUUGCUUCGUCGAGCGGCCCUGCAGCCCAAAAGCCUGAGUCCGCUACUUCGCUUCUAGACCACACGCACCCAAAGAAGAACGCACCUAGCCAGUCAUCGCUAGAGGCACUUUGCGGUGUCCACACGGGUCAAGAUCACAGUGUCGGCUGUAUUACCCUCAAGGAAGGUAUCUCACCCAUCGAUCUUCUGCAUCUUCUAGAUAACUCCGACAUUUCCGAUAUCGAGUUCGAGAUCGAAGACGACUCUGCCGAGGUCAAGAACGGCGACGCGACUGUCGGAACUACUACUUUGGAGCCGCGUAAAUUCGUUCCGACUGUUGCGGAACAUAAGAAGCAGGCUGGCGUAUCAGUUGAAGGUCUCAACUAUGCUCUCAGUACAGAUGGAGAAGAUUACAGUGACUCUGACGACGAUUCAGUUCCCAACGAAGCCCGUAAAGAUGUUCACCCAAAGAAGCCUUCUAAUGUCGAGGUCGUUGCCGGCUCUGCUUCUGCUGACAGUACCGCCGCACCGGACGACGCUAUGGUAGACGAGUUUCUGGACUUCACUGCCAACGCCUUCUCGCGUGAUGAAGUCUUCGAGAUCCUUCGUAUGUGUGGCGCGAAUUUAGUUGUUGCUGUCUCCAUGUACCGCAACGCCCGCAGUCUUGAUCAUAUCCGACAGAUGCUGAGGGCUUGGCUUGCGCCGCUUGAGAACGGUGGUUUGGGCGACAUGGACCGCCAGUCCGUUCAAGACGGCGAAGUGAACAUUUUACAGUUCAGUAACCCCUCACAAGUCUUCACACCUCUUCACAACGCUGAGCCUACUGGAACAACGCUGAGUGUGCGAGAUGCCUACAAAACGCUCGGUCUGGAGGCCUAUCACUCUGUCGACCGUGCCACACUUGAUGACAGCCUUCAUUCAAAGCUGAUACAGUGCGGGUCAGCCAAAUCUGUGUUCCGAUCUCAACAGCUGGUGCUUCAGGCUUAUACCGACAUUACCAAGCAUCAGAAUGACAACGACUGUUGGGAGCUAUCUCCUCUGUGUAUCGAGUGGACUGAAGAGACGGACGAAAAGCUCAUCCGAUGGAAGACUGAAGACGUCAAGAUUACUUGGACUGCCAUCGCUGGAGCCUUGGGUAUGACCGUGAAAGAGUGCAAGGACCGUUUCAAGGUACUCCGACCCUCGAAGGGCAAGGCGAAUUCUACAAAGGAAGACAAGUCCAAGAAGCAGCAGGAUACUGUCAAGGAAAAGAUCGAUGCUGUUCACGCCACCUCCCCUGCGCUUGGUGACAACUAUGGCGGCCUAGAUGAAGCCUGGGAUGCUCCACUUGUCUGUACGCGUUGUGGAAUGCAUUGGUGUGACUGCACAUUCAACACUGAUGGCAACCGUGCUGAGCAGACAGCCCCUGGCCUCGCGACCGGUAACGACGUACACUGGGGAUCUUUUUUCCCAGGCCCACAGAGCUCAGGAGACGACGCAUGGGCUUCCAUUCGCAACCCUGACGAUUCCAACAAAGCUCCCGAACCGGAAGCUUCUGCAUCUACUGACUAUACCGUCACCUACUGGGCCACCGUCGAGUCUGGCGACAAGACUGUUCACAUUCCCAUCAAUAGCAGCGACGUCUCCGGUCCCGAGAAGAACAUCAUCGAGAGCAGCAGUGGUAUGAAGAAGAUCUGGAAGUGGGCUCAAGACAAAGGUCUCGCCGACAAGAUCAGCCUUCAAGACGCUUUCGAUCUCGCCAAGGAUAUGCACUGCAAGGAAGAAAUCGACCAGCCAGUCGUUGAGGAGCCUCAGCGUGCUACAGAUGCCCCACGUGCUACCAGCUACAGUCGUAGCCCCAGCCGUAGCCGUAGCCCAUAUCCACGACGGGCUGCUCCCGCUGUAGGUCUCCUCGGUGUGGACUACAUUUACCCCAACCCCCCGUAUGUUCGCCCGAUGACCUCUGCGAUGACCUCUCCGAGGUCCUCUCAGAUGAGUUCGUUCCGUCCAGUGCACGAGGAGACAUGUGAUGGGUGCGACGCAUGGUCUUGUUAUUAG